AUGGCUGAGCCACCAGCCAAACGCGCCAGGCGCAUGGACAGUUCAACGAUGUGGGACAUGAACGACAGACAUUCAAAACAAACUACCUACGCAGCAGACGAAGUGGAUGGCUCGGGAAGACGCGAUCGAGAUGAAACAAAGCAACCUACGACAUCAUCACGAGCAGAGGGACGGCGGAGAUCUCGAUCGCGAGAAAGGGACGAUAAAAGACGGGAUCGCAGCAGAUCGCGGGAUCGAUGGGCGAGAGAUGGAUACAGAGACGGGCGACGAGACGGUGAUCGAGAUAUGCGCAGUGUAAGGGAUAGGGAUAGAAGCAGAAGUCGUGAUCGGAGUCGUGACAAGGAGUAUUCGCGACGAGAUUAUUAUUCUAAAUCUAGUCGAUAUCGCGACCGGCCCCGGACCAGAUCAAGAUCUCGAUCUCGCUCACCAGCCCGCAAUGGCGCAAAACUGCGAACAAGAUCACCGCCACGUGGUCCACGAUCCGAUCGGAAAGACACUGGAAGGCGUAGCGUGCCUCCGGAUGCUGAUAGAGAACCCAACGGCUUGUCAGAUCGGAAACGACAGUCUUCAAAACUUGGAGAUGCCGUCAGGAUGGAUUUGGACGACGCUGCGGAUGCCGAUGAUAUGGAGCAGCUGAUGAUGAAGACAAUGGGGUUCAAGUCUUUCCGGUCUACACAAAAUACUAAGGUUCCUGGAAAUCAGAUCUAUGGUGUUCGGAAGGAGAAGAAGACAGAGUAUCGACAGUACAUGAAUCGUGUGGGAGGAUUUAACAGGCCACUGAGUCCGUCGAGAUGA